AUGUAUUCGGAGCUGCCUUCGUGCCUCCACUCCUUUGAUGUCAUUUCCCGAGGCGCAACUGGAUGGGUUUUCCAGAUCGACGAUGAAAUAGCCCUAAAGUAUACAAGAAAGGGCCGCCUGGACGAGUUCCAAAAGGAAAACGCAAUCUACGACCUCCUCGAAGAGCAUAGAGCUCCUCCCGCCCUUCUACAAAGCUUUCUUAGACUCCCAGGGAUCAACUUCAUGCCUCUCAUGGCAGGCACCCUCGAUCAACGGAUCAACGACAACCAGCGCCGCGACUACCAGAAAGCGAGAUGCCUCGAAGUGUUGAAGUUGGAGCCAACGCAAAAGAUUGAGCAGUGGGCAAUGGAGCUAUCUGGGGCUAUUUAUUGGCUGGCCUCGAUAGGCCUGGCUCACGGAGAUUUACGACCUGCCAACAUUCUCUUGGAUUUCCGGGAUCACCUCAAACUGGCGGAUUUCGACUGUGCCUCUGAUAUAGGGUCUGACCACCAAGGGAGCGCACCCCCCUGGUCACGAAUGCUUGGACCCGAGGCUGGCCUCAAACGGGGAGCCUAUGGAGUUUACGGAGCGGAAAGCGAACAGUUCACUUUCGGCGUUAUUCUCUACACUAUAACCCGUGGCAUCGUGUUGUACGAAGAAGAUCCGCCAGGCGCUGUUCUUCUUUUACAGGAGAAGAUAUUCCCCCCGCUAUCAGAUGGACAUCUAGAUCGAAUUAUUGACCGAUGCUGGAAGGGUCAAUAUGGUUCUCUUGCCGAACUAGCUGAGGAGAUGGCGUCUCUGGAGGGUGCAAAGGCGACACGGGCAACACUUCUAGAUGAUGAACAUGUUGACAAGAUGCAUUGGAGAUGCACCCAUCUCCUAGCCACCAAGCUCUCGGCCAUUCUCGUUGAAUCUGUGAAUACGGAGGAAGUGGAUAAGUCGGAAUAG